CGGCGCCCCCUCCCGCCGCUUCCCGACAGGCCGCGCGCCGGGAGCGCCGGGCCGCAGCCUCGCGCCGGUUCCUGCCCUCGGGCAUCGUCCCUUCCCGUCCCGCCGGGCCCGCGCCCGCCCCCGCCAUGCGCCACAGCCUCACGCAGCUGCUGGCGGCCUCGGCCGGCGGGACCAGCCCCUCGGGUGCCGCGUGGCCGCUGCCCGGAGCGGGGCAGGCCCCGAGAGGGCGGGAUGUCGGCGGGGAGGGGGACCCGGGCCCCGCGCGGCCCAAGCCCCCGGGCGCCUCGGAGCCGCGGCGGCAGGAGAAGGAGGCCGAGGCGCCCAGCGGCCCGCUGGAGGUGUGGGAGCAAGAGGACUGGUUCCCGGGGCUGGAGCUGGGAGACCUGCUGGAGGCGGCCCGGCCGGACUGGGACCUGGAGGCGGAGCUGAGCGGCUGUUUCUGUGAGGAGCCGGAGCCGCUGCCCCCGCCGGGCCAGGGCUCGCGGCCAGCGGUGCCCGGGCGGCGGAGCGGCGGGGCCGGCAGCCGGCUGAAGGCGGCGGCGGCGGCGCGGCUGAACCGGCUGAAGAAGAAGCAGUACGUGCUGGGGCUGGAGAGCCGCCUGCAGGGCCUGGCUGCCGAGAACCGGCAGCUGCGGGACCGCAACCGCGGCCUGAGCCGCCGCCUGCGAGAGCUGGAGCGGGAGAGCAGCUACCUGCGGGCCGUGCUGGCGAACCAGAGCGCGCUGGGGCAGCUCCUGAGCCGCCUGGCCGGGACCCGCGCCGGCGGGCUGCAGCUCAGCACCAGCCUCUUCAGGGACACGGGCAGCCCCCGCCGCCAGCACCAGCACCUCCAGCCCGCUGGCGAGAGCAGCGACCACGACUACGCCCUGCCCAGCCCCCAGCCCCGCGGCCUGGAGGAGGCGGCCGUGGGGACUGAGGCGGAGGAGGAGUGGGCGGCCCCCGGCGGGAUCUGCCUGCACGUGGACCGGGAUCAGGUGUCGGUGGAGUUCUGCUCCAUCUGUGCUCGGCGGGCAGCGGCCUCCUUCAAAAUGUAGGGUCAAGUACCUGCUGCAAGUACUCGUGGGGUUCUCACCCCUAAGGGCCUCGCGUCGCGGCGGAGGAAACAGGCGAUGUUUCUCUUUUAGGUGCUUGCCCUGCCAGGCUCCGUUGUGUAGGGGUUAAAGAACAGUCGUUUUCCACCUCGCAACCUGGUAAGGAUCAAUAUAUUCCCAUAAUGCGGUAUCAGACAGCUUGCUUUGCUUAUCCCAGUCUCUUGUAAUGACUGGCUCAGGAAAUAAUUUCUCUGGUCCUUGGCCUACUCUGCCGAAAUGUUUCUAGCUCUCCAUGGUAACUAAUAGUGAAAGCUACAAUCACAUCAUUCUCAUUAGCUGUUUUCCCCUUUUCGAAACCGAUACAUUCACUACAUAGCCAACACACAGCUACAUUUGGAAUUAAAAAAAUGCUCAUGCCAUUUGAAAUAGAAAUUUUCUAUUAAACCAAGUAUCUGAUGAGCUGAAAAGGGAAAAUAUGCUAAUAAAGGGGAUGUGCAUUUAUAGCUUUAAUCACAGGAGACUGUCCCAAAAGUGUGAGUACCUUGCUUUUUAAAUUGAUUUAAAAAAAAUAAAUUUGUGACCUGUUGGUUUAAAAUACUGUCCAGUGUUAGGGAUGCACAGUACCUUUCAAAAGUCCUUCUCUAGCUUGCUCUAAUUAAUGAUGCAGGGUUAUGCCUGAUUAAACAGAACCUGAACACUGCUUAAUCUGUACAGUGGAAUCCUCAUGUAGAGGAGUCAGUCUUUUGCAUGGACCUCUAACGAGAACUGGGUUUGAAGAAUGCAGUGCAUCGAAGUAACUCGUUACUUUAUCUUCCCUUAAGUAAAUCUCUGUGCCCAUGCACACUGAAAUUCCUAUGUUACUUCAGAGUAGCUUUAAAGUCUAAAAAAUAUUGCGUGUAUAUGCAUGUGCUUAAUUUCACUGUAGAGUUCUUAAUUUAGCCUCUUACAGUAUCCAGAAAUCUAUAAGUUGAUACAAUUAAGCACAGUUUGGAGAUAAGCAAAUAUGUAUCUUGAGGCUAAUGAUUUGAAAAAUGCUCCACGAUUAACUGAGAUAGGAGAAAGAAUAGUUUGACAAACAAAUAACGUGUGUUUUCUUGUAGUAAUCAGUGUUUCUCCCUAUCACAAAAGAUGAGUGGGUUCUUUUUUCAGUUGUAUUAUAAUGUCUAGGUUGUUUAAAUGUAUGUCAGUUGGGGGAAGAAGGAUUGUGGAAAUGAUAAUAUGUAAAGUGAGGUUUCACAAAGAAUACUUUCCAGAUCAGUUUCAUUUAUUAAAUUCUUAAGAAAAAAAUCUAUUUAGUGGUUCUGAAAUACUGUUUCUUAAAGCCUUAAAUUUUGUGUUUAAGGCUAAGUAGGUGAAAGCGUUUUCUCCCAGUCAUUUGCUUCAUUGGUGCUAGACCCUAUCACAUGUUCAUCAGUAUAAAAGGAGUUUGAUUUUCUUUGUGAAACAUCACUGUGUGAUAAAGUAUAUGUGUAUUUAGCAUCCUUGUUUUUCUUUAUGCUAAAGUGGAUUCAGCUGUGUUGGGGCAGAAGAGACGGGACCAGCUGCUGGCCACAUUUCCUGCUUUAUUUUAAAAGGUAGUAUAAGAAAUAAGAAUAAAGAGGUAACAGGGCUUUUGCUGUCUUUGGUUAAAAAGAAAAAAGUUGAAUGCUGGGAUCAUUUACUGUCAUUCAAGAUUUUUUUUUUUUAAAGGCAAUAUCCUAUCAAACAGGUUUUACUCCACUGUAUGUAGAAUUCCAUCUGUUCAGGGUAUAUUGCCAGCACAAAAGAGACUUAGUGGGAUAUGUGUUACCUUACACCUCUGUGGUGGAUCAGCAGGGCUGUUCAAGGUUUCAGUCUUAAAUUGGGUAACUGCUGUAACUGAUGGGUUGUACCCGUGGCACAGGAGUCAGAGUUAACCACCAGGACCUGCACUGACUGAUAUGCAAAAUGGAAAUAAUUUAGAUUCAACCUAGGCUCAACCUGCCUAGCUCAGACUUCAUGAACAUGCUUUAUUUUGCAGUUUAUUGACAAAAAGAAAAACAUUAAUGUAGUAUAGGAUGUUACAGUGGCAUUUUCACAGUUACUUCAGUGUAGAAGUGGUUUUUAAGUUAAAUAUGCAUUCUUUCUUGUCGCAUCACUGCUAAAUGGCAGGGUCAGGGACUCAGUUCUUCUGGUCUCUGUGUGAACCCGCACAUUGCUCUGUCGUGACACGACCUGUGAGCUGUGUCUGAGAGCAGCUGAUUUUCUGACAUGCAAAAUGAUGUACUGUGGUACAAGAACAAGGUUAAGUCCCAAGAAAGUCAGUGGCUGCAGGCAUUUGUAGUGCCUACUGAAUCAUAUUUAAACCAAAUAGUGGGGAGGAAGCUAUUUGAAACUCUUGACUGUACUAUCUGUAUGGUGUAUUAUUAAUGUAGCUUUUGAAGUGAAAGCCUUGAAAUGAAAAAAACUUAAUACUUGAAAAUAUAUUGUAAAUGUUUCCUUGUAAUUAUGUGCCAUCCAGAUAAGAAUGCAAUAUCAUAAUAAAAUCAGACUUGUUGAUCUUUCA